AUGGACACACCGACGACGCAGCUUGGCCACAGCCGAAGAAGGCUCACCAGGACUGGUCACGUCGUCGGUGACGAGAGUACCGCGACCACUGCGUCAAGCCUGCAGGCUGGGCCAUCCCGUCUACCAGAGCUCACCCAGCUCAUGGAUGUCGAGUUCAGCGACCUGGACAAGUCUUCCGAUGAACUGGGAAGUGACGACCACGCCACACCAAGACUAAGAGCAUCGAAGCUACCAGGGGAAAGCGAAACCCAGAAGCCUGUGGAUCGUCUACGCGCUCUCCUUGCUCGCGUUCCCAAUGGCUCCCCUUCGACUACCCCUGUGGCAACUCGACCUCCCCACUCUCUGGCGACGUACGAAUCGGACUCAGAUGCAAUGGACACCACACAUGCAACUGCAGCACCCAGCGAGGCCCAAACCAGUCUUCGCGGCGUUUUUUCUCAUGCUCUGCGACCUCCAGGCGAUACUCCUCAAAAACCUCGGCCACGGCGGAAUAGCAUUGAUACGAGUGAAGUGGAGAGUCCCAGGACUGAAAGGGCUAAGCACAAGGCGAAACGGAAGAGCUUGAGCGACGAAGAGGUUGAAAACUCAUAUCGAACGUCUCAAGACACACCAGCCUCCGCAAUCAAGGGCAAAGGGACAGCUUUAACGUCGCUCGAGGUUCUCCGCCAGCGAAUUAUGAACCACUCCAAGGCCGAACACCAUGAUCGCUCGCAGUCGCCGACGAAGCAGGACCUGAGCGACGAUACAGCGGAGCUUCUACGGGAACUCAACUCUUCGCGAACCUCCCCUCCGGCAGCAACAAGCACCCCGCACCAUUCGCUCCAGAUGUCUCAAUUCCAGAUGCAAUCCAAUCUUCUCGACCAUGAUUCUGAAAUGCAGAGGGCAUUCGAUGUUGCUGAUAGUUACGAAUUCCCGACAGGCAUUGCAGAGCCGGGCAAUGCGUCAGAAGCGAAUCCCAAUGUGGAUUUCCCCAGCUCACCAGAAUCAGACCGUCAAUCUGUGAUACCUCAACCCACCACCACCCCCUCAAGACCAGACUUCCACAAGCCACACACCGUUGAACGACAGAUCGCCUUCCAUUCGCAACGCCUCCAAGGCAACCUCUUCAUCUCCCAAAUCGCCCGGAAACCUAACACAAGAACGAUCCACGAGUUCCUUGUCCCGUGCAGGGUCUCGUUCCUCACUCACCGCGAGAACACUAACACCACGGACCAGAGUCGUUUCUUCUCCCCGUUUAUCUGA